UAAGUUUACAAUUACAAUUUAGUAACCGUGGCAUAAGUGAAUGCUCAAUUUUUAUUCUUUUUGAUUUCUCCAUUUCAUUUAUUCCCAUUCGAAUUACAAUUAUUAACCGUGGCAUAAGUGAAUCCUCAAUUUUUAUGGCUUGCUUUCUGAAACUCUGAUCAAAUCCGGGCAGUUAAAACCCUUACAUUAGCGUCGUCCGAUCCGAUCUCGACAAUGGAGCCCGGCGUGAGUAUCGAGACGAGUUCCAUGAUCCGUGUGGCGGUGCUGCCGAUCGGCGAGGUACCACCUACCCUUUUGCGGGACUACUUCUCCAUGCUGCUCCGCUAUCAGACAAUCCUACUCUCAGCCAUAAGCUCCUUCUACACGGAGCACCAGAAGUCGCCCUUCGCUCAUCAGCCAUGGGAUUCCGGCAGCCUUCGAUUCAAGUUUAUCCUCGGUGGUGCUCCACCCUCACCUUGGGAGGAUUUCCAAUCCAAUCGCAAGAUCCUUGCCAUUAUUGGUAUCUGCCACUGCCCUUCCUCCCCGGAUCUGGACACCGUUGUCAGCCAGUUCAGUGCCGCUUGCAAGGGUUUCUCUUCGGCACUUGUGGAGCGUUGCUUUGCUUUCUGCCCUGGGGAUUCACAGUUGGAGGAUGGGAGUAGGAAAGGGGGUAACCUGAUGCUGUUUCCGCCAGCUGACCGCGAUACGCAGGAGUUGCACUUGCAGACAAUGAUGCAGGACAUUGCCGCGUCUCUGCUGAUGAAGUUUGAGAAAUGGGUUCUUCAGGCAGAGUCUACUGGGACUAUUCUCAAGACGCCUUUAGAUUCCCAGUCUAGUCUCAGCUCAGAGGAGGUUAUCAAGGCCAAAAAACGAAGACUUGGCCGUGCACAGAAGACCAUAGGUGAUUAUUGUCUGUUGGCAGGAUCACCUGUUGAUGCCAAUGCACAUUACACCACUGCUUUAGAACUUUCAAGGUUGACUGGGGAUUUUUUCUGGUUGGCUGGGGCACUGGAGGGCGGUGUGUGUGCAUUACUGAUUGAUCGAAUGGGCCAACGGGACUCAGUUUUGGAAGAUGAGGUUAGGUAUCGGUACCAAAGUGUCAUUGUACACUACAGGAAGUCAUUUAUACAAGAAAAUGCUCAGAGAGUCUCACCCAUAACCUUUGAACUUGAGGCUACUUUGAAAUUAGCAAGGUUUCUUUGCAGAAGAGAGCUGGCUAAGGAAGUAGUUGAUCUCUUGACCACUGCUGCAGAUGGUGCUAAAUCCUUGAUUGAUGCUAGUGAUAGGCUUAUAUUAUAUGUUGAAUUAGCUCGUUUAUAUGGUACUCUUGGUUAUGAGCGUAAGGCGGCAUUCUUUUCAAGGCAGGUAGCUCAGUUAUAUUUGCAACAAGAAAAUAGGUUGGCUGCUAUUAGCGCUAUGCAUGUUUUGGCAUUGACAACAAAAGCAUAUCGUGUUCAGAGUACAGCAUCUGUUUCAAAAAACGAGACUGGAUCAGGUCUUGCUGAUAACACAAAAAUGCUGCACCAGUCCGUAGUCUCUCUUUUCGAGUCUCAGUGGAGUACCCUGCAAAUGGUUGUGCUGAGAGAGAUUCUGCUAUCUGCUCUCCGUGCUGGAGAUCCUCUUGCUGCCUGGAGUGCAGCUGCACGGUUACUUAGGUCAUAUUAUCCUUUAAUUACACCUGCAGGGCAAAAUGGCCUCGCCAGUGCACUUUCAAAUUCAGCCGAUAGGCUGCCUUCUGGAACACGCUCUGCUGAUCCUGCUCUACCCUUUGUUAGAUUGCAUUCUUUUCCACUUCGUCAAUCACAAAUGGACAUUGUUAAGCGGAAUUCAGCUAAAGAAGAUUGGUGGGCUGGAUCAGCUCCUUCUGGACCUUUUAUUUAUACACCAUUCACCAAAGGAGAGCCAAAUAACAACAGUAAACACGAGUUGAUUUGGGUUGUUGGGGAACUUGUUGAAGUUUUGGUUGAGUUGGCAAACCCGUGUGGCUUUGAUUUGAGGGUCGAUAGUAUUUAUCUAUCAGUGAAUUCAAGAAAUUUUGAUCCUUUCCCUGUUACCGUUAAUCUUCCAACUAAUUCCUCAAAGGUUAUCGCCUUGUCUGGGAUUCCAACGGCAGUGGGGCCUGUCACAAUUCAUGGGUGCACUGUCCACUGCUUUGGUGUUAUUACAGAACACCUGUUUAAGGAUGUUGACAAUCUGCUCCUUGGAGCAAUGCAAGGACUUGUGCUCUCUGAUCCUUUUAGAUCUUGUGGUUCUGGGAAAUUGAAGAAUGUAUCUGUUCCAAAUAUUUCUGUGGUACCGCCACUACCUUUACUGGUAUCCCAUAUUGUUGGUGAUGGUGCAAUUAUUCUACAUGAAGGUGAAAUUCGUGAUGUAUGGAUACAUCUGGCAAAUGCUGGCACAGUUUCAGUUGAGCAGGUCCAUAUUUCACUAUCCGGGAAGAACCAAGAUUCUGUUAUCUCAUUUGCAAGUGAAACCUUAAAAUCUGCAUUGCCUUUGAAACCUGGUGCAGAAGUGACAAUACCUGUGACCUUAAAGGCAUGGAGGCUUGGUGUAGGGGAUGCUGAUAUUGCUGGUGGGAAGAGUGCCUUUGGGAGUAUAGUGAGACAUUCUAAGGAUGGACACAGUCCUGCAUUGCUGAUCCAUUAUUCAGGGCCUCUAUCAAAUUCUAAAGAUCCUCAAACAAAUGAAACUAUUCCCCCUGGCAAGCGUCUGGUUGUUCCUCUGCAGAUUUGUGUCUUGCAGGGUUUAUCUUUUGUAAAGGCUCAAUUGCUAUUAAUGGAGAUUCCUGCACACGUGGGUGAAAGCCUUCCUCAAUUGGCUCAUGUGAAUAGUCACUGUUCUGAAGACGCUGUUGGCUCUAACAGUGAAAUAGAUAAAUUGGUGAAAAUUGAUCCAUACAGGGGAAGUUGGGGACUCCGAUUUCUUGAGUUAGAGUUGUCUAAUCCAACUGAUGUUGUGUUUGACAUAACCGUUUCUGUUCAACUGGACAGUUCCAGCAAUGAUGAUAGUCAUUCUGUUGACAAAGAUACUUCCGAGUAUGGUUAUCUUACAACAAGAAUCGAUAGGGAUCUCUCUGCUAGGGUACUUAUACCGCUGGAGCAUUUUAAAUUACCUAUUCUUGAUGCUUCCUUUUUUGCGAAGGAUGACCAGACAGAUGGGGUUGGCAGUUGCAGAAGUGCAAUCUUUUCAGAAAAGAACACCAAUGCUGAACUGAAUGCUUCUAUCAAAAACCUCAUUUCUAAAAUCAAGGUGUGGUGGAAAUCUGGGCGGAAUAGCUCUGGAGAACUAAACAUCAAGGAUGCCAUACAUGCUGCUCUCCGGUCAUCUGUUAUGGAUGUAUUGCUCCCAGAUCCGUUGACAUUUGGAUUCAGGCUUCUUAGAAGCUGUUCUGAGCCAGAAGAUUUCACUGCUCAAGCUCACCCUUUUACGUCUAAGGGUUCUGUUCUGGCACAUGACAUGACUCCGAUGGAAGUUACAGUACGUAAUAACACAAAGGACAUGAUCAAGAUGAAUCUUAGCAUUGCAUGCAGAGAUGUAGCUGGAGAGAGCUGUGUGGAGGGUGCCAAAGCAACUGUUUUAUUAGCUGGUGUUUUGGGUGGAAUCGCCAUGGAGGUUCCUCCUUUGCAAGAAAUUAAGCAUUCUUUCUCUUUGUAUUUUCUUGUUCCGGGUGAGUAUUCUCUGGUAGCUGCUGCAAUGAUUGAUGAUGCCAACGACCUCCUCAGAGCUCGUGCUAGAACUGAUUCACCUGAUGAGCCAAUCUUAUGUCGUGGGCCUCCUUUUCACGUUCGUGUAGUUGGAACUCUCUAACCUUUUCAAUUCACAGGCUCAACCGGAUUUGAUUAAAGCAUAACUGAUUCGCAUUGCAUUUUUAUGGACUUCUCGAGAGCCCUUCAUUUUAUUUGACAAUUGGAGUGGAGUGACUAGAAAUUUAUUGGCUGCAAUGCAAUACUAUAUCUCAUUUGUCUUGUAAUCUUGUUUUGGCAUUUUGAAAUGAGUUCUUACUGUCCAAAGUUAUAUUUUAUUGUGAAAUUUAUACGAAAUACCAAUUUUUCUCUAAA